GGAAGUGAGGUGCUCUUCCUGUGUUAUUAUCUCUAUACACUAAUCUUCUAAUAUAGCCAGUUAGUAAACGUCAACUUAAAUGUUUAAAGGCUUUGCCUGAAUCGAGUAAUAUACAACGCACACUGAAGAGAAGAGCUCCUAAUGGUGACUAACGUUGCAUGAAGAUGAAAUCUGCCAAGAAGAAGUCUUUGCGAAACAAAGCAAAGAGAGGAGAGAAACAACAGGAUGUGGUCGUAGUUAAAACUGAAUCUGAGUUAGAGGAAGACUCUCGGGACGUGUACACUAAUGGAGAUGGUCUCGUAGUUAAAACUGAAUCUGGGUUAGAGGAAGACACUCUGGUGGUUUACACUAAUGGAGAUGGUUUAAUAAUUAAAACUGAAUCUGAGUUAGAGGAAGAUUCUCAGGAAGUUAACGCCAGUGGAGAUGGCCUUAACAUACAAAUCAAGGAGGAACCACAUUCACAGGAGAUCGGUGAGGAGCAGCAGCACAAUGGAGACUCAUCAAGCUGCUCCGACACUAAGCCAGACACUGUAGCAUCCUGGUCAGGUGUUCACCACCAUCAGGCACUCGUAAAGGACGAGUGUGACUCUGACCAUCAGCCACACAAUGAAUUCACUGAAACUGCUGUGAAGGAGGAGUCGGAGUCGUGGAUUAAAGAGGAGAGAGAUGGCGAAGAGGAGGCAGAGGAGGGAGAGGGAAUCUGCACAGAGUCACCAUCUGAAUUUUUUCCAUGUCCUCACUGCAAUGUGUCCUUUACUGACUUGGAGUUCUUGGAGAAGCAUGUCAAGUGGGUGCAUCAGAAACAGUAUCUUGCGAAUCUAAAAAAGUGCCUCUCAGGCCACACACUAAACCUCAUCCCCAAACACACCUGCGCUGUCUGCAACACUACUUUUAACUCUAAAGUACACCUUAGGGUCCAUGUACGUGAAGCCCACCCUUCUGCCCUCCGCCGUCUCCACCCCUGUCCAACCUGUGCACGCAGCUUCCAGUACCUGAAGAAUCUGAAGAAUCAUUGUCAGCGGUGGCACAACAUGUCUGUGGUUACCAGAGGAGGGCAUCUCAGCUGCGCUCUGUGUGGGAAGAGUUUCAAAGCUACCUGGGGUCAAGGGCCGCAUUUAUGUCAUGAACCAGAUAACACAGAACCUGAGGAUAAGCCAAUCUGUCUGGACACUGGCGUGCAGUGCCCAGAAUGUGGCAAGAAGCUAUGCACGCCUCAAAGCCUGGAGGAUCACAUGCGCACCCACACAGGUGACCGGCCAUUUGUCUGCAAGGAUUGCGGCAGGAGGUUCGUGGAGCGCAGCGGUUGGCGGCAACACAUGAAAAUACAUACCGGCGAGAAGCCGCACAAAUGUCAGGUGUGUGGGAAGGCCUUUUUAAGAUCACACCACCUGAAGUACCAUUUAACCACACACUCCAGCAAGAAGGAAUAUUCUUGCCCUGAAUGUGGAAAGGAGUUUGGAUUCAAGUCAAGUCUGGAUCUCCAUCUGAGGACACAUUCCAGUGACAAACCCUUCCACUGCAAUGUGUGCGGGAAGAACUUUAACACUCGGAGAAACCUGAGGGUUCACUCCAAACUGCACACCAAUGAGAAAGCUCACCAGUGCGGAGACUGUGGGCUGAAGAUCGGAGAUCUCGGGGCUUUGAAAAUUCACCUGCGGACACACACCGGAGAAAGGCCUUACCACUGCACAGUCUGUGGCAACAGGUUCAUACGCCUUGCACAUCUGCGAAACCACCAACGCACCCACACUGGUGAGAGACCCUACAAAUGCACUGAAUGUGAGAAGAGUUUCACUCAGUCUGGCGACCUGGUGAAGCAUAAGAGGAUACACUCAGGGGAAAAGCCCUUUGAAUGCCCAGACUGCCACCGCCGUUACACCUCCUCUGGUGAUCUGGGCAAGCACAGGAGGAGUCACACAAACCUGCGUCCCUACACAUGUCAAGAAUGUGGAAAAAGCUUUCGCUUGUCAGGCCAUUUGAAAACUCACAUGUUAACUCACACAGGGGAGAAGCCAUAUUCCUGCCCCAACUGUCUCCGCAGGUUUGCUCGCUCUCACCAUCUUUCUGGGCACGUGGCUAAAUGUCGCUGAGUGCUCUUGAGAGGACUGUAAAUAAGUUAUGCUGAUUUAAUGUAGUAACUUUCUAGCUGAAUACGGUCUACUGCUAGAUUUUUUUUAAUGAAUGUGUUAGUCAAGUCAAAACUAGUAACUAUAUAAUUAUUUAUAUUAACUUUCUGUAACCCUUUGACUCAG